CGUGUCAAGAAGGUGCCGGAAGCUUUCAGUCGGUCCAAAAUGGCUUACCAGACGCUGCAACAGGAAUACCUACAGAUUCCUGUUGUUACGAGGGCAUACACAACCGCCUGCGUUCUCACAACUGCUGCGGUGCAACUAGAGAUCAUCACACCAUUUCAGCUCUACUUCAACCCAGAUUUAAUUCUAAGAAAUUAUCAGGUAUGGCGGCUAAUAACCAACUUCCUGUUUUUUGGUCCUGUUGGUUUCAAUUUCCUGUUCAAUAUGAUUUUUCUGUACAGAUACUGUCGGAUGCUGGAGGAGGGCUCUUUCAGGGGACGCACGGCUGACUUUGUCUUCAUGUUCCUCUUUGGUGGACUUCUGAUGACUAUAUUUGGCACUUUUGUGAGUCUGGUGUUCCUGGGUCAGGCCUUUACCAUCAUGCUGGUGUACGUGUGGAGUCGACGGAACCCAAAUGUUCGCAUGAACUUCUUUGGCCUGCUCAACUUCCAGGCACCCUUCCUGCCCUGGGUGCUGAUGGGAUUCUCACUUCUGCUGGGCAACUCUAUCAUCGUGGAUCUUUUAGGUAUUGCUGUUGGUCAUGUGUACUUCUUUCUGGAGGAUGUUUUCCCAAAUCAGCCAGGUGGUGGAAGGUGGCUCAAGACCCCAUCAAUCAUAAAGAUGCUCUUCGACACUCCAGAAGAAGAUGCCAACUACAACCCCCUGCCCGAGGACCGCCCGGGCGGGUUUGCGUGGGGGGAAGGACAGCGCCUUGGUGGUUAAAUACACCCUCCAUUUCAUCCCUGAUCGUCGGGUCACCUUCAGGGGCCUUCCUGCAGAGAUAUGAAGUGGCGGACAUGGUCUUUGUUUUGACGUGUUUGUUUAGUUCUGGAUGAGGAAUGCCAAACAGCCACAAGUGGUUUGGAGAUAACGGUCUGUCUGUGUUUAUGGGCUUUAAUCAUCUUCACAAACUCUUCUUGAUGCCAGAUCGCCGCUCUAAGACUAUUUGAUAGAACACAAGCUUCAGAUGGAACUGUGGACGAUGAACCUGAGGCCUCAGGUGAUGUUUGUCUUUAUCUCCGGGGGAAAAAAAUAAAUAAAUUAUAGCAUACAAUUAUAUGGAAGGGGAAAAUGACAGCAGUGAAAAAAUAUUGAAAUGAAUUUAUUCAUAAAGAGUACAUUUUUUAUUUCACUUUUUUAAAGAAUAAAUGUGUGUUGCAAACAA